AUGUCUGAGAGCCAGCGCGAGCUGUAUGACAAAGUCAAGAAUGAGCGUGGAUGGCUUCAUUUGGAGAGCAAUCAGAUUGGCGAUGUUGGAGCACAAGUGGUUGCUGAGGCACUCAAAGUGAACACGACAGUGACGCACCUCGAAUUGGGUCAGAAUCACAUUAGCGACGUUGGAGCGCGCGCGAUUGCUGAGACACUCAAAGUGAACAAGACGGUGGCCGAGGUUACUUUGAGCUGGAAUCAGACUGGCGAUGCGGGAGCGCGGGCGAUUGCUGAGACACUGAAAGUGAACACGACGCUGACUUGGCUCAAUUUGAGCUCGACUCAGCUUGGCGAUGCUGGAGCGCGGGCGAUUGCUGAGACACUCAAAGUGAACACGACGCUGGAAUAUCUCUAUCUGAGUCGCAAUCGAAUUGGCGAUGCUGGAGCGCAGGCGAUCGCUGAGGCUGUCAAAGUGAACACGAACCUGAUUUGGAUCCGUCUGAAUACGAAUCGGAUUGGCGAUGCAGGAGCACAAGCGAUUGCAGCAGCACUCGGAGAGAACAAGACGAUGACUGAGCUGCAUCUAGGGAGAAAUUGCAUUGGCAAAGUUGGCGUUCAAGCGCUUCGUGAGGCACGCAAAGUCAACGGCAUUCUGACUGAGCUUGAGUAG